CUUGAUGUUCGUUCGCGUCCUCUCUGCUAUCGAGAGUAUGAAUCCACACGUAUUGAAAUUUGAAGUAGGGCUGUGAUACAGAGGGUAUUUUGGCAGUUAAACGUAGGCGAUAAUGGCACAAGCCGCGCAAAUGAACGUCAAUGAAAUCAGCACUCCACUUCGGGUUGAACACGAUAAAAAACGACGCCAGUUCACUAUCAGACUAAACGGCUCCCAUGAUCGAGCUGUUCUGCUGUAUGAGUAUGUGGGGAAAAAGACUGUGGACCUGCAACACACUGAGGUUCCUGAUGCAUUCAGAGGAAGAGGUAUUGCCAAACAUCUGGCAAAGGCAGCAAUGGACUUUGUGGUGGAGGAAGACUUGAAGGCCCACCUUACCUGCUGGUACAUCCAGAAGUAUGUGAAAGAGAACCCCCACCCUCAAUACCUGGAGCACAUCAUCCACUGAAACAGGCACAAAGAAAGGGGGUUGGUGGGGAGGGGGCCGGGGUGGAAGUUGGUGUGAGUGUUGGCGCACCUUGUCCGUCUCAACUUUCUGGGAAUGGGGUGGGAUGGGAUAUGCAAGCCAGAGGGUGAAUGUCUAACCCUCCACACGAGGAAAUGGCGAGCGUUCAUUAAGAACCUUACUCUCUGCGUUACUGUGGAGCGCUUUACAGCCAUGGAGGACAGGAAGGAUGCGCACAGGAUGGUGGAGUUAGCACCAAUUACAAAACAAAAAAACAGAAAGAAACCCACUGGGGGACUCCACCAGCCUCUUCUACCUUCUGUCUCUCAGGAUAUAACGAGGUAGAGGACCCCCUCAGCACACAUGGAGGGGCCUGCUAUCAUGUCUGUCACAUACGAGAUGACUGUUAUGGAUUGAUGGAAAGACAGAACACGAUCAGGUCUUGAAUGACAUGUAGCCUUGAGUUACACUAUCAUGGAUUCUGCUAGUUCAUAAUAUUAUGUUACACAUUGGCAGGCGUUAACAACUGCCUAUAAUUACCAACGGGGAGCAAGAGAGGUUUGAAGGCCCCAAAUAUUUUAUCUUUAUGCAGUGGUGCCGGAUGGACCACAGCAGCACAAACACACGUUUAAUUUGAGAAACCACAUACAAAAUGCCCUAUGCUCUGAACAUGGGCAGCUGUUUUUGUACUGUUUUCAUCACAUGAUGACUUUACUGCGUGUAGUCAGUAGAAUCUAUCUGGAUGAUGUCCACUGACACCAUCAGAGCCUUUGGAGAGUCUUAGCCAUGACUCCUAUGACAAUCCACACUGUCUACUUCAGGACAUGAAUCUUCAGGACUGACGUUUAUAAUGUCAAAUUGCUUUCAGUGCAUGUGGUUUCAGGUUUGUUUCUGCUAUUACUAUGAGUAAGUUUAGGUGUGAGAGAGACAAUGUGUGUGCGUGUGUCUACCAAAAGUAACUGUGAGUGUGUCAGGUGUGUGUUUGUUUGUAUGAUGUGUUACGUAUGAAUGAGUGAUGAUGCUUAGUUUUGUGUGUGUGCUAGGGGACAUUUCAUUUGAGAGUUCUAAAGCAAGUGUGCCUCUGACUUUUGAGUGUGUGUACAUCUUCUCUAUAAUAGGUUGACACCUAAUGUGCAUGUGUUUGUCUGUUGUACAAGAUCAUGUGUGUGCUAUGGUAUGUUGGAAAGAAUGUGAAUGCAGUCAUGAAUUAUUUCUAUGUUCAUUUCACUGUUCUUUUCCUGUAGUGGAACUCUGACAGAAACAGACUAGAGGUCAUUGACAGUCACUCUGGUGAAUCCAGAGGGGCAUGAGCAGGAUAUGUCUGGUGUUUACUCAUGAGACAAUACAAUGUGAUGGUGAGGUGCAUUACAAAACAGCUGCCAUCAUCUGACAGCAUCUUUGUGUCCUAGGAAGGUAUAACCGUCAGUGAUGGGGCAUAAACUGCUUGAAAUUCUUAAUGUUUAACCUUUAUGUACUUUUUAAAAAAAUAAAUAAAUAUAUAU